AUGUCCAUCGUGCUCUUCCUCGUGGCGGUGGGUCUCCUCGUCGACGCCUCUCCGACAGGCUCUCCUGCUCCGGAGGCCGACGCGGCGCCUCGGCUCCAGGAGGGGGCGCCGUCUUCCGACUGUCUGUCCUGCUCUGGGCUUCAGAAGAGGAUGAACUCGUCUUCAUCAGGAGGACAGAGCGACAUGGUGGAGGCUGUGAAGCGCCACAUCCUCAACAUGCUGCACCUGAGCUCUCGGCCCAACCUGACCCAGCCAGUGCCUCGCGCUGCCUUGCUCAACGCCAUCAGGAAGCUGCACGUUGGCCGUGUGGCGGCAGACGGCACCGUUGAGAUCCAGGAAGAGGCCCGGGGCCCCUGGGACCCAACGCCAUCCGAACCACCAUCUGAAAUGAUCACCUUUGCAGAGCCAGGUGAGUCUGACAACCAAUCAGAAGCUCAG